UACGAGAAAAAGGAAAACGGAGAGAAGAAAUUCUCAACCAAACACUCCCUUUCUCUCUCUUCCUCUUCCAUUCCAUCUGAAACCCUAGUUUUCAACAAUCAAUCCGAUUUCUCUUCUUCUAAUCCAAAACAUUGAAUGAAUACAGACACAACAACAAUUUCUGAGUUGUUAUUCUGAUUUUUAGAUCGAUUUUGGGGUUUUUUUUCUUAGGGUUUGAUUUUGUUUUAGAUCGAGAUAAGAAGAAGAAGAAACGAUGCCAUCUCAUGCAGAUCUAGAUCAUCAGAUCGAACAUUUAAUGGAAUGUAAACCAUUACCUGAAGCAGAAGUAAAAGGUUUAUGUGAACAAGCAAGAACAAUUCUUGUUGAAGAAUGGAACGUACAACCUGUCAAGUGUCCAGUUACUGUUUGCGGUGAUAUUCAUGGUCAAUUUCAUGAUUUAAUUGAGUUGUUUCGGAUCGGUGGUAAUGCUCCUGAUACUAAUUAUCUCUUUAUGGGAGAUUACGUAGAUCGUGGUUACUACUCUGUAGAGACUGUCACACUUUUGGUAGCCUUGAAAGUUCGUUAUAGAGAUAGAAUUACAAUCUUAAGAGGGAAUCACGAGAGUCGGCAAAUUACUCAAGUUUAUGGAUUCUACGAUGAAUGCUUGAGAAAAUAUGGAAAUGCAAAUGUCUGGAAGUACUUCACUGAUCUUUUUGACUAUCUACCUCUUACUGCUCUUAUCGAGAAUCAGGUUUUCUGUUUGCAUGGUGGACUGUCUCCUUCCUUGGAUACAUUGGAUAAUAUCCGAGCAUUGGACCGUAUACAGGAGGUUCCACAUGAAGGACCAAUGUGCGACCUCCUGUGGUCUGACCCAGAUGACCGCUGUGGAUGGGGUAUUUCUCCUCGUGGAGCUGGUUACACAUUUGGACAGGAUAUUGCUGCUCAGUUCAACCAUACCAAUGGACUCACCCUCAUUGCGAGAGCACAUCAACUUGUAAUGGAAGGUUACAAUUGGUCCCAGGAAAAGAAUGUGGUUACAGUAUUCAGUGCGCCAAACUAUUGUUAUCGUUGUGGAAAUAUGGCGGCAAUACUCGAGAUUGGAGAGAACAUGGAUCAGAAUUUUCUUCGAUUUGAUCCUGCACCCCGGCAGAUUGAACCAGAUACAACACGCAAAACCCCAGAUUAUUUUUUGUAAUUUCAGUAUGUUUGGUGCCGCUUGUUGGUAAUGCUUCUUCUUAUGUGUUGCUGAUUAUUUGUAGAUGUGUCUUAGCAAAGAAGGGUUUUUGUGUUAAAUGGACAGAGAUACUGAGAGAUGAUUAUCUUCAUUCUUCCAUUUGGAGAUCUGAUUCUGCUGCUGCUAUUCUUGUUUGUAUGCUGCUAUGCUUGGUGGUUAAUGGAACAGACUUUAAAAUCAUUUUUGCUGGGCAUUUUGUUUGUAUUUCUAAGAAAGGAAGCAGCAAUAACAACAUAAUUCUUGUUACUAUAGUUGUGUAAUGCAAAGAAAACAUUCCGUAUAGUUUUACUUUCA